AUGGAAUACCGUCCUCGAUACCGGCAUCAGAGCUCGCCUCGGGAUCUACACGCGUUCGAUGGCCAUCAGGAGUGGGAAAGGCUGCUCGUGCGCUGCCACCCGGCCGAGGUGGCAUCGACACCUUCAACGCCGCCCGCGGGCCAUCUUCCGGCGUCGAUGCUGUUAAGAGACUCCGGCGAUGUCACUUGCGCCUCUUCCUUAAUCUCGGGGGGGAUAUCGCCCUUUAGGGAUCAGCGUCAUGGUGGCACGGGCACGUGGAAGAGGCGAAGACCGAAUCCAGCAUCGGUCGUCAUUGGCAUCGUAUUUGGCCUUGUCGUCAGUCGCUUGCUCGACAAGGUCAUGGAGGAUACCUCUCUAUCAUUUCCUUCGAUCAAGGAGCGGGAUAUUUUUUCGUGGAAGAGCGCAUCAAAGCUGCCAAAGGUAGGCAAGACACCUCGACUGUGGAUACGCACCGAAGCGAACGAAGAAGGCAUCGGCUCGGCACUGCAACGCAUCAAGGGUGGGAUCAUCCUGGCGGCAUUCUUUGAUGCCACUUUUGUUGUCGGAGAGACGUUAUCGCAGCACGGGUACUACCAUGACGAGGUGCUUAAUCCUCACGCAUUCGGUCCCGACGGAGUCGAUGCGUGGCAAGUGCCGUCGGGGAGGGUAUGUCGCAUAUCUGGUACGCAGUGUCUUGACACUCUCUUUUACUUCAAAAUACUAGAAGAGGACAAUGUGAUCUGACUUUAUCACCUCCUUGUAAGUUCAUAGACUAUCUGCCACGGUAUCGUCGAGACAUGGUCAUCAGGGGUGCUUGCAGUCGGUUAGGAAAAGGCUACGAGCUAGGAUUGAGAGUGAAGGAGCAGCUGGAUGAAAGGGGUUGCACCAUCAUACUCGAGGACAUCGUCCACGAAGUCGUGGAAGACCUCAACGCGUGCUAUCGUAACUUUGUGCGACAAAGGAUCGGUGGUAUCGAGGGACGGAGAUUGGAUCGGCCAUCAGUGGAGGGAUCGGCGGUGUCACCCGAUCGGACGGCUCUGUCCUGCGGAGUGCACAUCCGGUGGGGUGACGCCGAGAUGUUUGAAGGAACGAUGGAGAAGCCGCGAGGUUCGAUGCAGCUAGCUCACAUCAACGACAUCAUCUCAAAAUUGCGCGCACGGUUCGUCAAGCUCGACAUUCGGGUCGUGAUGGAGAACGUCAAUGCGACCGUUCUGGGUCUGCUCGACUUUGGCGACUACACUGUCAUCGACAGUGGCGACUCGUUCGCGGAUCUCUUCGCUCUCGCCGACAACGAUGUCACAUUACUCGGAGGCUCGAGUUACAGUGCUCUUUCGCACAUGCUUGCGCCAUCGAAGGGCCUUUCGAUCGUCGAAGGCAUGGAUCUACCGAACAAGUACCUGGACUCGACCUAUCGCGCGGUUGUCCUAAACUCGGGGCGCGCCGUCGACUAUGUGCAGAAGAUCGUCGAGCUCUUUCCCGAAGUCGAGACGAAACCUCUUUGA